CUAUUUUUCAGCGCGCUCCUGGCUGGAGUCUCCAUCUUUUUUGGCUCCUUGGUAACUUUUGUUCUGUUUCCUCAACUUCUUAAAAACUUGAUGCUUCUUUUUAUCUGCUUUGGUUGGGGAAGGUGCUCCAGUUGUUUUCGUUUUUCGUGACGGUUGCUUCUGUCCUUCAAUAGUAGUUUCUUCCACGAAGGAAACUGCAUUCAAGCCCGCAUAGUUUUCAAACCAGGUGCAUAUCUAAAAGGUCGCCUUAAAAUUCUAUGUGUAGCAAAUAGCUAA